UCAGCCAGACGCCCCGCAUGGGGAAAGUUUCCGACACUAACUUUGGCAGCUGGGGUGCAAGCUGCGCUGGGGCGAUGGGAGGCGGAAGGUCCCUCCAACUCUUCAAACCACCUCGCUCCUACUCAAAAGGGACACCACCCCGCGUUUGGAAAUGGCAGGAAAACAGCUAAACACAAUGAUUGCACAAACUCUUGAAGAGCGUCCAAAAAACAGUAAAAAGAAGAAAAAAAGAAAAAUGUCAGCGCGCAAAGAGCCAGAGAAGCAGAGGGAUUUGAGAUUCCCCGAUCUUCCCACUGUGGCGGCUGGGAGGGAGGGGGGGCGUGGAGGGUGUGAGCGCAGCUCCUCCCCCAGGAAGGAACCGAGACCCGCCGCAACUGUUUUGUGGCUUAGCUCGUCGUUUGCGCUCCUUGGGCUCCUGAGCAGGCCUCAGUGCCUCCUUUCUUUACCUGGAAAUAGGCGUGUCUCAGGAGACAGGAGAUGUAGGGUGGAGCCCUGGCCUGGCCGCUUGCCAGUAAGGAGCCACCCUCCCAGACAGAGCCUCAGUGUCCCCGAUUGUGAAACAAGGAUACCGCUGCAGACCUCCCUUCCAGUCUCUGAGAGUUGAAACCAGCACCUUCCCUUCCUGAGUCCUGCCUUCUCCUGCAGAAGCGAGCUCAAAAGAACUUUGCUGUUUUGCCUUUUACUCUGGCGUGAAAGCAGCAGACGAUGAGGAGAAAAUAAUGAAUGUCAAAGGAAAAGUAAUUCUGUCAAUGCUGGUUGUCUCAACUGUGAUCGUUGUGUUUUGGGAAUAUAUCAACAGCCCAGAAGGCUCUUUCUUGUGGAUAUAUCACUCAAAAAACCCAGAAGUUGAUGACAGCGCUCAGAAGGGCUGGUGGUUUCCUGGCUGGUUUAACAAUGGGAUCCACAAUUAUCAACAAGAGGAAGAAGACAUAGACAAAGAAAAAGGAAGAGAGGAGGAGCAAAGAAAGGAAGAUGACACAACAGAGCUUCAGCUAUGGGACUGGUUUAAUCCAAAGAAACGCCCAGAGGUUGUGACAGUGACCAAAUGGAAGGCGCCGGUUGUGUGGGAAGGCACUUACAACAAAGCCAUCCUAGAAAAUUAUUAUGCCAAACAGAAAAUUACCGUGGGGUUGACGGUUUUUGCUAUUGGAAGAUAUAUUGAACAUUACUUGGAGGAGUUCGUAACAUCUGCUAAUAGGUACUUCAUGGUCGGCCACAAAGUCAUAUUUUACGUCAUGGUGGAUGAUGUCUCCAAGGUGCCAUUUAUAGAACUGGGUCCUCUGCGUUCCUUCAAAGUGUUUGAGGUCAAGCCAGAGAAGAGGUGGCAAGACAUCAGCAUGAUGCGUAUGAAGACCAUUGGGGAGCACAUCUUGGCCCACAUCCAACACGAGGUUGACUUCCUCUUCUGCAUGGAUGUGGACCAGGUCUUCCAAGACCAUUUUGGGGUGGAGACCCUGGGCCAGUCAGUGGCUCAGCUACAGGCCUGGUGGUACAAGGCAGAUCCUGAUGACUUUACCUACGAGAGGCGGAGAGAGUCGGCAGCAUAUAUUCCAUUUGGCCAGGGGGAUUUUUAUUACCACGCGGCCAUUUUUGGAGGAACACCCAUUCAGGUUCUCAACAUCACCCAGGAGUGCUUUAAGGGAAUCCUCCUGGACAAGAAAAAUGACAUAGAAGCCGAGUGGCAUGAUGAAAGCCACCUAAACAAGUAUUUCCUUCUCAACAAACCCUCUAAAAUCUUAUCUCCAGAAUACUGCUGGGAUUAUCAUAUAGGCCUGCCUUCAGAUAUUAAAACUGUCAAGCUAUCAUGGCAGACAAAAGAAUAUAAUUUGGUUAGAAAUAACGUCUGACUUCAAAUUGUGCCAGUAGAUUUAUCAAUUUGAAAGAGGAGUAUUCUGGCUACUUCCUCAGAAAAGUAACACUUAAUUUCAACUUAAAAAAAAUACUAAUGAAGCACCAACAUGGCAAACACAUACCAUUCCUCCUUGUAAUGUGGGGCCUUGUAAUGUGGGAGAAUGAAUCUAGGGUAAUCAGAUGUAAAUUCCUAGUGAUUUCUUAUCUAUUCUGGAUUUGGGGGAAAUACUAUCAACUGAACCAAAAAGAACUUGUCAUAGGCAAAGAUAAA